AUGUACGAAAAAGUGAUCCUCACCUUCAUUUUCGUCUUCCUCCUCCUAAUCUCCUACUCAAUCUUCAUCGGCACUCUCGACAUUCGAUCUUAUUUCAACCAACUCCCAUCCCUCCAACCCGCUCAAUGUGAACCCGACCCGAAACUUCGUGUCUACAUGUACGAUCUCCCUCCCCGUUUCAACGUCCAAAUGAUCGACCGCCGCAACGCAACCGAAUCUCCCGUCACCGCUAACGACUUUCCGCGGUGGCCCGGAAAUUGGGGGCUCAAGAAGCAACACAGCGUCGAGUACUGGAUGAUGGGGUCGCUUAUUCAUGAAGGGGCUGAUGCUGGGGAAGCUCUGAGGGUUUUCGAUCCUGAACUCGCUGACGCUUUUUUUGUUCCGUUUUUUUCUUCCUUGAGUUUUAACACUCAUGGUCAUACUAUGACAGAUCCUGCUACCGAGAUUGAUCGGAAUUUGCAGGUUGAUCUGAUGGAAUUAUUGAACAAGUCCAAAUAUUGGCAGAGAUCUAAAGGCAGAGACCACAUAUUUGCUAUGACACACCCCAAUGCGUUUAGGUUUCUACGAAAUCAAGUGAAUGCAACUAUUCAAAUUGUUGUGGAUUUUGGCCGUUAUCCCAAGAGCAUGUCUAAUUUGAACAAAGAUGUGGUCUCCCCGUAUGUUCAUGUUGUGGAUUCUUUUACAGAUGAUGAAUCUCAAGAUCCGUAUGAGGCUCGCUCCACACUGCUUUUCUUUCGAGGGAGGACUUUCAGAAAGGAUGAAGGCAUUGUCCGUGCUAAACUGGCAAAGAUAUUGACUGGUUAUAGUGAUGUUCAUUAUGAGCGAAGUGUUGCAACUGAAGAAAACAUAAAAGCGUCAUCUAAAGGGAUGCGUUCAUCAAAGUUCUGUUUGCAUCCAGCAGGAGACACAGCAUCAUCUUGCCGCCUUUUUGAUGCAAUUGUGAGUCACUGUGUUCCUGUCAUUCCCGGCUACAUGGUCGACCAGCUUCGUAAAUUUCCAAAGCAGAAGUGGACUGAAAUGUGGAGGCAGCUUAAAAAUAUCUCGCAUCAUUAUGAAUUCCAGUACCCUCCGAAAAGAGAGGAUGCUGUUAAUAUGCUCUGGAGACAGGUCAAACACAAGCUUCCAGGGGUUACUCUCUCCAUCCAUAGAAACCGAAGAUUAAAAAUCUCUGACUGGUGGCGAAAGAGAUGA